AUGGGCAUCCACGAUGAACAUAUGCCAGGCGGGCGGACGGUUCCUUUUGGCGUCUAUGAGCCACCAACAAGAAGGGCGGCUGUUUGGAUAGGGUGUCCCACAUUGGUGGCGCAACAAGGGCUCUGGAUUAAGCUCAAGCUCUCUGUCGCCCUCUCCCAGCCAGGGGGUCUACACACCAUCUCGGUGGUGAUUGUGGUUGUUGUCACAGUACCUACUCCAGCUGCUCGACAACGUUCCGUGUCUGCCCUGUCGGGCUCCAAGCUCCAUGGAUUGCAUCUCUCGGUCCCCGCGGCGCAUCCCCACGUUUACUCGUUCUUGAGCCAGUCUGAGCCUGCGGAGCAAGCCGUCUGUCUAGCCAUCAAUCAGGAUGAUCUUGGCUACGAUACACUCCUCCUUGAUGGGCUGGUUCCUGGGCUGCUGCAUGGAAGAUCGCAGGCCUGGGGAGGAACGCCUUUCGAGACGAGAGAUGGGCCAUAG